AUGUCUGCUUCGACGGCCUUUGCGGGCAAGUGGGCUAGUCUUCCAGUAGAACUCACGCCAUGGAUUCUAGACGUUAUUCACUCUAUGGGACACACUCAAAUGACGCCUGUGCAAGCGUCCACUAUCCCACUUUUUAUGAAGCACAAGGACGUCGUCGUUGAGGCCGUCACCGGGUCCGGAAAGACACUCGCCUUCGUCAUACCUAUCCUAGAGAAGUUGAUCCGGAGGGAGCAUAAGCUAGCGAAAAACGAAAUCGGUGCUCUGAUUAUCAGCCCGACCAGAGAGCUGGCCACGCAGAUACACUCCAUUUUCUCUCUCUUUCUAUCAUCCCAGCCGUCCCGAUAUGCGGCCUCCCCAUCCCCGGACGAGGCCUCAGGCUCGAAUGUCCAGCUCGAGCCGGAAUAUCCCUCUCCGCUCUUGAUGAUAUCUUCCGACUCUCCGCCUGCGGAGGAUGUUCAGCGCUUUCUCUCCACCGGUGCGGACAUCGUCAUCGGUACACCGGGUCGGGUGGAGGAGUUCCUCCUCGGAAAGGGCAAAAAUGUCGUGAGCGUCAAGGAGUUGGAGGUCUUGGUUUUGGACGAGGCGGAUCGUUUACUCGACCUUGGGUUCCAAGCGGCACUGUCCCGGAUAUUGACCCACCUUCCUAAGCAACGCCGGACCGGUCUCUUCAGCGCAACUAUGACAGAUGCCGACGCUCUGUCAGAACUCGUCCGCGUCGGGUUGCGCAACCCUGCACGCAUCGUCGUUAAGGUUCAGUCAAAGAAGCUAAAAGGCAAAACCAUCGCGGCCGAUGGAACUACUAAGGUGGAAAGAGAGGUCAUUGAGGAACGUCGAAUACCUGCCAACCUUCAGAAUUAUUACAUGACUUGUCAAGCCUCCGAGAAACUCGUACAGUUGACUCGAAUUUUACGACACGAAGUAGAACAUCAGAAAUCUGCGCGGUUCAUUGUUUACUUUGCGACUUGCGCAUGCGUGGACUACUUCUACCGAGUCCUGACUCCCUUGAUGCCCUCCAAUACCACGCUCUUCUCUCUGCACGGUCACCUCCCACCUGCCGCCAGAACACGGACUCUCGCCAACUUCGCCACCUCCGCUGCACUCCCAUCGGCCCCAUCCAUUCUCCUUGCGACCGACGUCGCCGCGCGUGGCCUCGACCUUCCCAACGUCGACGUCGUCAUCCAAUUCGAUCCGCCAGCCGACCCGAAGGCGUUUUCGCAUCGCUGCGGGCGAACAGCCCGUGCAGGUCGCAGCGGUACGGCAUGGGUUUUGUUCGUCGGCCGUGAGGUCGACUAUGUCGAGUUCAUGUCCGUACGCAAGAUCCCCAUGAAGGAGCGGCGGCCGUUCAGGCAGGACGGCUCGGUACGGUCAGAUGAUGAUAUGGAUGCGGAGGACCCGGAGGUGCAGACCGCGAUGCAGACCAUCCGAGAAAAGCUCCUCACCGAUCGCGCGCUCAGUGACAAGGCUGUGAAGGCAUUCGUGUCAUUUGCUCGAGCAUAUUCGAAGCACGAGGCUUCGUAUAUCUUUCGGCUGAAGGACCUGGACAUGGUUGGACUUGCGAAGAGUUUUGGGUUGCUGCGAUUACCGCGCAUGCCUGAAUUGAAAAAGCUUUCACGGGACGGCUGGCAAGAUGCCGACGUGGACUGGAACACCUUCGCAUAUGUCGACAAGGCACAGGAAACCAAGCGACUCGCGGAAGCGGCAGCUAAGGCCGCGCCGACUCCGGAGGACAUCGAGAGACGCAAAGCGGCAAACGCUGAAAAGCAGAAGCUGAACUCGGCUUGGAGCGACAAGAUGAAACAGAGGGAAGAGCGGGACAAGCGGAAGGAGAAGAAGGACCGGAAGAAGAAAUGGCUCAAGACGCAGGAGGCUGCUGCGGAUGCGGCUGCUGCAGAGCAGGGGAGCAAGCGCGGGCUGGAAGACGUGAGCGGGGAGAGUGGAGGCGAGGGCGACGACUGGGCGGAGCUGGCGCGGGAGGAGCGGCUGGCGAAGCGGGUGAAGAAGGGGCACCUGAGCCAGAGCAAGUUCGAUGCUGAGUUUGCGGACCUGUAGAAGUAACAGUAUCCCACCUUCAUGUAUCCUUUGCAUAUUUUUGC